ACUGGGUCACGUGGUCUGCAAGGAUUUCCUAUCCUGAAAACACCGCGGAGGAAGCGUGUUGUUCAAAAAGUUAGAGAAAACCUCGGCAAACAAUUUAAUGUGCUAUGUUCUAUUAUACAAUUAUAAAGCAGCGUGCGUAGAAUAAGAGCAUACGGUUGCUCUAAGAAGGAGUCGAACCAACUUCCACUUUAUUUUUCAGAACCGAAUAGUCAGUUAGCCAGCUAGCUAGCGAGCUACAUAGUUAUAUACUGGAGCUUUUACGGUAGUUGGUUGAAACACCAGCAGCUUAUUAGGGGCAGCUAAGAAGAUACCGAGUUUUUUUGCCUCUGUUUUUGAUAAAAAAAAGAAAAGGGAAACUGGUGAGCUUGCAAGCAGCUUGGCGAGAAAUAAGAAGCAAACAUGAUUCACAAAUGUGCAGUGGCUGGCUGUCCAAACAAAUCGGACACAAUUAUUCAUUACACAUUACCAGAGGAGCUAAACAGACGUCGACAGUGGACACAGUUCGUGGAAAGAGGAGGAAAAGAAGAGAACGUCUCUGUCUCAAGUAGAAUCUGUGGUAGCCAUUUCGCAGAAGACAACUUCACUAAAUUGGAUUUGGGAUUCACAACGCGGUUGAUAUUAAAUGUAAAUGCAAUCCCCACCAUUUAUCCAGAAGAACUCGUAGAACAGCAAAAUAAAUCUGACCACCUUCCACUAAGAGAAAGUUACAUAAAUGGAACUGAGAACAUUUCUUUACAAUUUUUGAAAGAGGAGCCGUUUGAAGAUGAUAUGACUGGCGAGCCGGUUGAAGAUUACAUGACUGGCGAGCCGGUUGAAGAUGAGAUGAGUGAUGAGUCAUUUAAUGUCGUAAAAGUUGAACCACAUGAUGAAAAUGGAUAUGUUGAUUCAUCAUUCGAGCAGACCAGUGAAGACAGCAUGCUCAGUGGUGACCCUGGCAUCACAACAGAACCUUUUCAGCAACAUGAUGAUCGGAAACCAUUUCACUGUGUUUACUGUGGCGAAGGUUUUCUUAACAAAGGGGUGCUUAAGCAACAUGAGCUUAAACACAAAACCGUGAAAGUGAACCCCUUUCUGAAAGAAUAUCAUUGCCAUCAGUGUGGAAGGGACUUUUCUCACAAAGCAUUUUUGAAAGCCCAUCAAAAGGUUCAUGCCAGUGUGGAGUCACAAAUGUCCUUCAGCUGCACUAAGUGCGACAGGCGAUUUCGCAAAAAGUCAAGUCUCAACAAACACAUGCACAAUCACCUGGCUAGGACAAACUAUCCUUGUCCAGUGUGUGGAGAAGAAUUUGAAAUAAAGGGUAGUCUCCAUACCCAUAUCAGGUCACACCCCGGAGAGAGGUUUCCCUGUAAGUACUGCAACCAGAGAUUUUUAAAAAUCGAUGCCUACCUGAAACACGUGGACAGGCACACUGUGGUAACCCCGUACUAUUGUGAGAAAUGCAAAGUCUACCAGCUCACCCAGAGAGGCUUCCUGCUGCAUCAGAAAAGGCACGCCCGAACUGACCUGGAGAUGCACCUGGCCAAGACUGGGCCAGUGGUGGUGAAAAAAGGCAGACCUCUAAAGUAUCCUGCUAAAAUGAAGAACCUGCCCCAACAAGGUGAAGCUAAACCACAAGUGGACUCUGAAGUUCCUGAACCGAACCUGACCCUGCAGUCACUCUGCGACACACCGCUGGAGGCGUCUGGUGAAGAUCCAUUGCAUGAGACUACAGGGCCCUCAGAUGAAGCUGAAAUGGAGGAGGAGGAGGAGGAGGAGGAAACAUCACCUGAGAUUGAAAUAGAAGAGGCCUCUGAUGACAAUCUUGAGGAAUCUACAAAUGACCAAGAGAUUGGAGGCCCAGAUCUCCCUUUAGAUCUCUUAACAGUACCUUGAUCUAUCCACCCUCCACCUUUAUGAGACUGUUGUGCCAGGACAAGGAAAGAAUUUAGUGGAUGUAAUGCAUUUCAAAAGCUUUCAGAAUAAUUCAGUAAAACAAGCUGCAUGUCAAAGAGGCAGGAGUGUCCUUCAGUGUGAUUGAAGUAAAUUAUGUUCAUCUUGUUCUUUUGUAAAUAUAAGUCGUAUGAUUUGAUAGUUGUCGGGCCUGUUUAUUACAGGCUGAGGAUAUGUCAUUACAUUUAAUAUCUAACCAAGCUAUAGAUAGGCUUAAAUGAUGAAUUUUUGCUAGCAAUCAUGGUAUAUUGAAAUCUGGUUGUAUUUCAUUUAAUAUAAUGACCUGGCACGGUUGUUACUUAUACUUCAGACCUGUAAAUACAUCUUGGAUCUGUGUUUUUAUCAGCUGUCAAAUAGGGAUGUCGUUUUUUUUUUUUU